AUGGAAAGAUGUAAUACUCAUCAAAAAUCACUUAAAUUAAUUUGUUUAAAUUGUCAUAUGAUUUUGUGUUCAAGAUGUACACCACUUCAUAAUGGUCAUUCAUUCGAUCAUAUCGAUGACAUAAAAACAAUAUUAAUAAAUAUAAAUAAUAAUAAUCAAAGUAAUAGUAGUCAAAUUAAUAGUAAUCAAAUUAUCACUAUUAAUAGUAUUGGUGAUAAUAAAAAUACAAAUAAAAUAACAGGAAUAUUUAGUGAUAUUCAAACGAAUGUUGAAUUGUUAUAUAGUUCUGUAAAGUCAAAGGUGUCUCUCUAUCAAGAGUUGACAAAGACAGAGAAUGAUAUAACAAGUAAAUUCCAAGAGCUUCACGAUUAUCUUGUCGUACAGGAACACAAGUUAAAGAAACCGAUCAUCACCGACAAAGAAAUAAUAGAACAACAAAUAAAUAAUCAGUUAUGUGAAUUGAAAUCAUUGAAUACCAUAAUCAAUCAAAUAAAAAAACAACUAAAUACAAAAAAUGGUAUAAAUACAACAACUAAUAUUAAUAGUACAACAACAACAACAACAACAAAUAAUAAUAAUAAUAAUAUUAAUACAAAUGUUGAUAAUAAUUUAAUAUCAUCAACAACAAUAAAUCAAACGAGUAAUUUAACAGCGAUAACACAAUUACAACCAUUGGAAUUGGAUGUAGAUUCAGAUAUAGAUGCAUCUAUAUCAACUGAUGAUACAAUGUCAGUGGCAGAUACAACCGAUCGAUAUCAUCUAUCAUCGAUUAUCAAAUCUAUGGAGGAAUCAUUGAGUUUCAAUGAUUUUCUUCAUAAGAAUAAUAGUACUUUAUUCUAUCAACCAUCUGAUAAUACAAAUAACAAUAAUAACAAUAAUAAUAAUAUCAACAACAGUAUUGUUAAUAAAUGUGAUGAUAGUUCAUUAUUACAUAUGGUAUUACAACACAAGAGUAUUGCGAGGUUGAAUAAUAGCUUGACAUCUAGUUGUAAUGAAAAGACACUAUUUAGAUUCAUAAUAAACAACCAGUUGAUCAACACGGUAAAGAAUGAUAUUAAUCAAUCGGUAAAACUGUCACUUAUCGAUAGAGCACUGUUCGCUCAACAACAAUCGAUGGUAACCUACCUGUUCUCUACCGACAAUGAAUGUAAGAUCUCGUUGAUCCCGAUUGCCAAUUUCAUCAACGGUAACAUUCCCUUUGACAGUCUAAAGAUUGAACAGGUACCGAUAAAAUCAGAGGAUCGUUGGUCGUUCAAUUCUGUCAUUGCAAUCGGUGAUCACAUCUACAAGUUUGGCGGUGGUCUAAGACGUUCCAAUAGAUACCAACGAUUCUCCAUCUCGAGUAGGCUGAUCGAUAUCGAUGCAGAGAUGACUGGCGUCGGCGAAUGCAAUUGCAUCUCGGUUUGCUACGACUCUAAAGACUAUAUCUACUUGCUCGAUGGCAAUAUCAAGUCGAAUACAAUAAUCUCAAGAUAUCACAUUCGCACCCACAAGUUUGAAAAGUAUGCAACCAUCAACAACACCUCCUAUCAUCACUUGUCGUUCUUCUAUAGAGGUCAUCUCUACUCGGUCAUUCCCAUACAGAAGCGUAUCAUUAAAUUCGAUCCCGUCAAUUUCACCACUGUCAACUUGGCAAUCGAUCUUCUCCAGCACGUUCCGAAUGCACGUAUCUCUUGUUUCGACGGUAAAGGCAAUAUCUACAUACAGUCGUCGACCAACUUUAUUCGAAUCAACAUUGAAACUGCUCACGUCAAGAUGCUGAGUGCCACCAAGAAUAUCAGUGCCAACAAUCAGUUGAUCUACCACCAAGCAGGUCCCAACGAAAACAACAUCUACUCACUCCAAGGAAAAGAUCAUAAUUUCGUAUAUUCAAUCGAGACUAACAAAUGGAAUCAAAUCCUAAAAGAUGAUCAAUCCGAUAGAUCAUUCUGUGGUUCAACUAUAAUAACAAAACUAUAA